AUGAUGCAAGACUCACCCGCGUACCAACCAUGCAUAUGCUUUGGUACUACACGCGAAGCGCCUCCACUUGGUUUCCAUACGUUCCCUGCGCGCACGACGUUCGCGUUCUUAUGCGCGACACCGUUUCAACUCCUUCACAGCACCAAGGAACGAACGUCAACGAACAAACGUCGUAGGGUCAAGAGCAUACGUACGGGAUCGUCAGAGCUUCUAUGGAUACCUCGCGUGAUGCUCUACGUAUCUUGUUUACAUGACAGAGACUUUGCGCUAUUGGUGUCUUUGCGCACGGAAGUUCAAGGUGACGGAGAUCGCCUGUCGUCGACUGCUCCUGUAGCACCUAGGAGUCUUCGUCCGGUCAUCAUCGGAAUCUAUCAGCCAUCCCUUCAUCUGGGUAAACUCGGCUGUCGUUAG